CCGGCCCAUUUUAUUAAAAAAGUCCCUCUUUCAGUUUAUCCCAAUCCAUUCACCCUUCCUCCGUCACAACGCCGAUCACCACCUUAUUUUCACGGCGAUCAAAUCUCUUUCUCCGUCACCAUCGCAAUGGCUCGAUCCUUCUCAAACGCAAAACGCCUUUCUUCUUUCUUCACUGAUCACCUCUCCGUCUCCAUCUCCAAGCGUGGUAUUGCUGCAACACCACAAGGCGGUGCAAUCGGCGGUUCAACGAUGACACAGCGAGUCGAAGAAUCGUCAAAACCGGCUCCUAAGGUUCCAGAGUUUUCUUUGAAUCAGGUUAACUCUGCUUUCAACUAUAUUCGUCCGUUUUCUUCACAUGCUAAUAUUUACAAGUCGCAAAUCCCUUCAAUGUUGUCAUUGUCGAGUAAAUUUUCUACUGCUGCGACUGCAUCAGUUGCUAGUCAUGCGCGUCCGUUAUCUCCACAUCUUUCGAUUUACAAACCGCAGUCCAAUUCAAUGAUUUCGAUUUCCAACAGAAUCGCUGCCAUGGCUUUAUCUGCUUUUGCCUUGGCGUUUUAUCUUCUCUGUAUGAAAACGGGUUUGAUUUGCUUCACUUACUAUAGCUUUUACCAAAUCAUGUCUGUAUUGGCUGGGUUCACUGGGCUGAUUUGCUAUACAUCAGUUCCUCUUAUCAUCCUUCAUAUCAUCCAUUCCGUUAAGCAUUAAGUUUUACGACAUUAUGGAUUUGAAUUGAUGAUGUAAUAGAUGGAUGGUAUGGUGUUUUUCUUGUUUACUUGUUUUCCUGCAAAGUAAUAAGUAUGUGCAGACCUUUUGUAGUUUGUAUCUUUUUUCGGUUAUUGUUGAAUAAGUAUAUGCUAUUAUGCUUGUUUGAUGCAAGUGAAUAUUGCAGAGUAAUUUAUGGUACCCAACAGUAAUUUUUUUUCA